AUGGAAACCGAUGUCAACAUGACAGAAGCGCUGACAGUUAUGGAAUCGGACAACGCAAAUGCGGCUUAUAAAAUAAAAAACAUCGACUGGAUCUCAUGCAAAGACUUCACAAUCGAAAUCGGAGAGCAACAGAUCAGACAAUAUAUGGCCACGUGGGAGAUCCAGCACCCAGGCUGGCUCUGCAGUCUGAGGUUUCUCCAGCAGGCAGAGCUGGAGUUCAAAACCCAGUACCAGUACGAGGUCCAGUGGAGCAUCCCGACCCGAUCCACCCCGAUCCCCAGAGCCACAACCCGCGUCUACUUCAUCAUAGAGAUCUCCAGAAUCAAGCCUGACAGCCUGCCCGUGGACGUGCACUUCAUCAUCGAAAGCAACCGCUCCAAACAUGUUCCAGGACAAACGAGGUUCAGGGAAAAGUGGCUGAUGGAUGUCAUCGAGAGCAAGACUUUGCUUUUAGACACUGUUGACUUUUAAAACAUCGAUAUCUGCCAAUAGAACUGAGCUUGCAGAGAACAUCUGUCAAUGGAAAUCAAUUUGGUUGUACCUAAUAAGAAUACAACUAGUAUUUCGUAUCAUUAGAAAUACAAAAACGCCUCAUAUUUAUGGUAAAUGUGGUGUUUUUG